AUGGUUGGACAGCCAUACAAUUUAAACGAGAAACUUGAUACAUGUGAUACAACGGACGUACCAAUAAACUAUACAGUACCACCUACUAAUACAACAUAUUAUUGCGAAAUAUUUAAAAUACCAACGUAUGCAGAAAAACGUCAUGCUAUAGCUCAUAAAAUGUUAAUAGAUGAUAAAAAUCGUGGUUUAAUUCAUCAUUUGUUAAUAUAUGAAUGUGAUCCAACGUCUGUAUUUGAUGAUAACAAUCUACCGGAUGGCGUUUGUGAUACCGUAUAUAUGUAUCUUGAAAAAUGUGCAUCAGAUAUUGAAUUGUUCAUUUAUUACACUAUCCUUAAGUGUUAG